UGCAUCACGACUGGCAGCAAUGGUGGCGUGUGUGAUGCAGAGCGUGAGGGCUGCCCCUGCGGUGGCUCGGCUUCCUUGCCGCCGGGCCGGUCGCCUGGUGGUGCGCGCAGCCACCGCACUGCCCGCAGAGGUGAAAACCGUGACGCCUGUGGGCGACCGCCUGUUUGUCAAGGCUGAGGAGGCAGAAGCCACCACCGUGGGCGGCAUCCUGCUGCCCAGCUCUGCGCAGAAGCGGCCCACGCAGGGCACCGUGCAGAGCGCGGGCAGCGCCAAGGGCGUCAAGUCUGGCGACAAGGUGGUGUACUCCAAGUACGCCGGCACCGAGCUGGAGCUGCAGGGAGACAACUAUGUGCUGCUCAAGGAGGACGAUGUGAUUGGCCUGCUGCCUGGCAGCGAUGAUAUCUCCAAGCUGCAGCCACUGCAGGACCGCGUGCUGAUUGAGGUGGAGGAGGCCAAGGCGCAGACCAGCGGCGGCCUGCUGCUGACGGAGGGCUCCAAGGACAAGCCCACCAUGGGCAAGGUGGUGGCUGUGGGCCCCGGCCGCGAGGAGGAGGGCAAGACGGUGGCACCCAAGCUAUCUGUGGGCGCCACCGUGCUGUACCAGAAGUACAGCGGCACCGAGUUUGAGGGCCCCGACGACAAGCACUACAUCGUUGUGCGGGAUGCCGACAUCAUGGCCCAGCUGGCAUGACCUGGCGCCUCCGUCCCAUGGGCUGCGCCAUGACGCCCGCGCUCCCUUAAACUAUAUAGCCCCAUCCUUUGUGCAACAAUGCCUGCCGCCUAGCACGUUUUUCGCGCUCUUCCCCCUGCAGUUUCAUUCUCCCGUAGCCACCAGGGCCUCCCGCCCCAGGCUGCCUCUGAUCCGCACUGACUUCCAACACAGCAAAACCAAACCAGUAACCAGUCAGUGAGUCUGGGGCACACA